AGUUACAAGGCUAAUGGAAAUUCCAUUUUCAGAACAAGUUAUAAAUUUAGAUAAACUGGAUCUCGCGGAUAAUAAUUAAUGGUGGAAAUACGUGUUAGGGAUGAAUAAUUGUUUUCGGUUCGCGCGGGUAUAUAAAAGCCGAUCGAAAUCCCGAUGCUGACCAAAGCUGAAGUGAGUUUUGAAAGUGUGGAAGAUAAUUUGAGAAAAGAAAACAAACAACAUGUUCAAACUAAUCUUAUUCGUCACUAUUUUGUGCUAUGCCUCCGCAGCCCCCUCUCCAGGGAUAGUGUCGCACCACGUCGUAGCUCAUCCAGUACCAAUAGUAGCUCAUCCCGUGGUACCCGUAGUUAAGGCUGUCCCAAUAGUACCUGUUGUCCGAACUUAUCAUCCGGUGGUACCAAUUGUUAAAACUGUCCAUCCUGUUAUUGUACAUCACUGAGGAUUUUUUUGGAAUUGAUUAUGUUAUUGUUCAAAACUAUAUCCAUUCUGUUAUGUUUUGUUUUUGAUAACCUUUUAUAAUUAUUGAAAAAAAUAUAUAAUGUUUGUUCGAGAUUAAUAAUUUGUAUUAAUAUUGAUUUGAGGUCAAUUAUUAUUUCAGGAUGCACAUUAUUAUGAAAUAUUGAGAAACCUAAUGUAAGGUUCGGACAUUUGGAAUAAACGAAAUAUAGUUUCAA